AUGGAUUGGAAGUACACUACGGUACUUCUUUGUAUUUAUGGCAUCAUAAAGGAAUUUCGUCCCGCUACUCCUUUUCUCACUCCAUACUUGAUAUCUGGCUACAAGAAUCUCACUCUAAAUGAAGUUUAUGGACAGAUCUUUCCAUAUUGGACCUAUUCCUACAUGGUUUUCUUGAUACCUGUUUUUGUUUUAACGGAUGUACUUCGUUAUAAGCCUAUGAUUCUUCGUUAUAAGCCUAUGAUUGUGGUCGAAGGUGCUUGUCUUUCAAUAACAUGGGCCCUCCUUGUAUGGGGUGAAGGUGUAUGGCAGAUGCAGUUGAUGCAAGUUGCUUUCGGUAAGCCUAUUCCAGUAUUCAAUUAUAUACAGUCACUCUGGCUCGAAAUGCAGCCUGAUCCAGAUAAAGUUGAGAAUGGUCUAGUAGAAUUUGUGAGCACCCUCAUUGAUGGUAGUUCAGGUGCGAUUCUUGCAUUUUUCGUUCAAUUCGCUGCUAUCAGCUGGGUUCGGUACGAAACGGUCGCUUUGGUUAUUCCCUCAGUGUUUAUUGCCAUCAUACUUGCUGUUAUAUCACAAACACAACAAGUUCUGAUCGCCUAUAUCGGAUACGUAUGCAUUACGUCAACUUACCAUUUGUUUAUCACAGUUGCUAGUACCAACAUUGCAUGCCAGCUAACAACCGAAACCUACGGUCUGGUAUUUGGAUGGAAUACCUUCGUGGCAGUAGUUUUGCAGACUGCUUUGACGUUGAUUGUUGUUGAUUCUCAUGGUCUUAAUCUGGAUAUCAGAACACAAAUUCCUAUAUUUAUUCUAACGGACAUGCUCCGGUAUAAGCCUAUCAUUGUACUUGAGGGUGCUUGCCUUUCAAUUACAUGGGCAAUUAUUGUAUGGGGUGAAGGUGUCCGGCAGAUGCAAUUGAUGCAGAUGUUCUUUGGGGUAGCAUCAGCUUCGAAAGUUGCUUACUACUCCUAUAUGUAUGCAGUUGUGGACAAGAAGCAUUAUCGUAAAGUUACCUCAUAUGCUCGUAGUGCUGCUCUCGUAGGGAAACUACUAGGAUUUGGCCUAGCUCAAACCUUAAUUUCAACGGGCAUCGGAUCGUAUCUCCUCCUCAACGAGAUAUCUUUGAUUGCUGUUUGUAUAGUUUUCUUUAUUGCCAUUGCAUUGCCAGCUGUCCCUUCACGAGGUGUUCUCAAUCAAGUUUUACAUGAGCCCAUGGAUGACUUAACAUUCGAAGGCCGGCAAGAGGAAACAGGAAAUGAAAAACUAGGAAAAGAUCAGCGGACUCGCUUAGUGGGUGUUUUGAAAAGCUUCAGUAUAUUCAAGGACAAUAUUUGUAACUACACACAGUCACUAUGGAUCGAAAUGCAGCCUGAUCACAGCAAAGUGGAGAACGGGUUGAUAGAAUUCUUGGUCACAUUAAUAGGUUUGUUCCUUCCUCUUUUUAUUGUGGUUGUUUGGGAUAAACCAACAGAUUUUGAGAAGGAAAACGAGAUUCGGAAAAAUUCAGACUUUUCAAACUUGUAA